AUGUUGUCUCGAUUUCGCAAGCAAGCUAUUGAAUGCUCCCGAUCUUUCCAUAGUUCUCCUUAUUUCCAACAAAAAGAUGAAAAAUUGCACUUUGGAAAGUUUUCUCAGAAGGAAUACGAUGAAGCUGCAAAGAUAGUCCAGGAACAAGUGACCAGGCUAGAAAAGCUGAUCAAAGGUGAAAUUGAUCCCAGAUCUAAGAUGGGAACCAUGCCAACGAUACCUAUAUCACCGUCCUUGGCUUCUUCCAAGGGGAUCAACUCACUCUCGGAUAUAUUGAUCCAAUCAAUUAAUACCACCGGCCCCAUCUCACUCUCUGCAUAUAUGAGGCAAUGUCUAACUCAUCCGGAAUAUGGCUACUACACAACGAGAGAUCCACUCGACUCCACUACGGGAGAUUUCAUAACCUCGCCGGAAAUUUCACUGGUUUUUGGUGAAAUGAUAGGUGUGUGGCUUUACUCGGUCUGGGUGGCCCAAGGGCUGCCCGAUAAUGUUCGAAUCAUUGAGUUUGGGCCCGGGAAAGGGACCCUUAUGCAUGAUGUACUUCAAAGUUUCAAUAAAUUGAGGAAAGACAAGGUAGUUAAUACCAAAAUUGUCAUGAUAGAAGCCUCGCCUGUAUUGAGAAUGGAACAAUGGAAGCUUUUAUGCAAGAGCGAUAUGACGGGUACGACCCAUGCCGCCGAAUUAUCUGACAACUUGACAUCAACCACUAUGUGGGGGAACUCAAUAGAAUGGGUAGAUACUGAAAAAGAUAUCGAAAGCGAUGCAAAGCUCACAAACUAUAUACUUGCGCAUGAAUUCUUUGACGCACUUCCUAUCAAAUCUUUCCAAAAGGUUGAAGAUGGCUGGAGAGAAUUACUUGUGGAGCACUCUGGUAGUGUGAACAAUACUCAACCGAAAAUCGAGAGCGCUUCAAACUCUACAGACUCCACUUUAGUAUCGGAUGAUCUCCUCAACACUGAUUUCCACUUGACCAUGGCCCCCAAGGAAACACCCUCAUCAUUCAUCCCUAAGAACAAUCCCAGAUUUGCUGAGCUCCCUAUAGAUUCUAGAAUCGAGAUAUGUCCUGACUCUGGCCUUUAUGCAAACAAAAUGGCCGAUUUGGUUAAAGAAAGUGGUGCUUGUUUGAUUAUGGAUUAUGGUCUCUCUCUGGGAGUGCCAGACAACACGCUCCGUGGAAUCUAUAAGCACAAGUUUGUCUCACCCUUUUACAAACCAGGAGAAGUUGAUCUUUCCAUCGACGUGGACUUUGAAAGCAUAAAGCAGAUGACUUCUGGUAUAUGCAAUGUGUACGGUCCAGUGCAACAAGGAGACUGGUUACAUGAAGUUGGAAUUGGCUAUAGAGUAGACCAGUUAAUCAAAUCUACCAAUGAUUACAAGGAGCAGGAGAAGAUUUAUGAUUCGUACGUGAGACUCACUGCAAAGGACGACAAAUCCAUGGGUAAAGUAUAUAAAUUUUUGACGUUGUUGCCGAAAUCAACUUCAGCUGCUCCGAUCGGCUUCUUAAACUUGUAA